AUGGACGCCGUCGGGAGCCCCCGGGGCCUCCUGGACCUCGCGCUCACGGCGACGUGCAUCAUCUGCGCGGCGCUCGCCGCGGGCCUCACCAUGGGCGUCGUGAGCCUCGACCCCCUGGACCUGCGCGUGAAGAUGCGCACGGGUACCAAGAGCGAGCAGGCGUGCGCCGCGCGGCUCUUGCCGCUCGUCGACCGCCGGCCCCACCACCAGGUGCUCGUGACGCUCCUCCUCCUGAACUCCUGCGCCAACGAGGCGCUGCCGCUGUUCUUGGAUAAACUCGUCCCGAGCUGGGCGGCCAUCGUCAUCUCCGUGACCGCCGUGCUCGUCUUCGGCGAGAUCGCGCCGUCGGCGCUCUUCACGGGCCCCAACAAGCUCCAGAUCGCGGCCGCCUUCGCGCCCCUCGUCCACUGCUUCCUCGUCGUGCUGGCGCCGCUCGCCUACCCCAUGGCGCUCGCGCUCGACGCCGCGCUGCACGAGGAGGCCAAGGCGACGUCCCGCGCGGAGGUCCUGGCCCUGGUCGACGUCGAGCGCGAGCUCGCCAACGAGGACGGCCGCGCCGAGCCCUUCACGGAGGACGAGGCGGACCUCGUCAAGGGCGCCAUGAGCCUGUCGACGACGUCGGUCCGCGAGGUCAUGGUGCCUCUGAAGCGCGUCUACGCCGUCGACGAGAGCGACGCGCUCGACGCGGCGCUCCUGGAGAAGAUCGACGACCAGGGCUUCUCGCGGGUGCCCGUCAAGGUCGGCGGCGCCAUCCGCUCCUACGUGCUCGUGAAGGACAGGGCAGGAAAAGAGUGUGAAAUUCCCAACUUCAAAGGCCCCUAUCUCGGCCGUUUUCCACUCGUUUCGGCUGAGUUUUGGACGAGCGAUCAUUUCUCGGAACGGUCUCGAAGCAUGGAUGCUUUUUCCGGAACGCGCGCGCGCGGAACACUCAUAUUGAAGCGACGUUGA